UAUAUAUAUUUCACUUCUGUAACACAGAUACAAAAAUAUAUACUUUAUUUAUCGAUAUAUUUGACCUUCUUAUCUUUUUGUUAUUCCAGCACUAAAGAGGAGCAUCAUUACUUUCAAAGAAUAUUCUGUAUUAUAAAGAUGUUUUCUGUGAAAAUAAUUAAUAGACUAAACAGAAAAGCAAUAAGAAGAACGUUCAGUGGGAAUGUCGUGGGUGAAAAGACAGCUCUAUAUGAUUUUCAUGUAGAAAAUGGUGGAAAGAUAGUUAAUUUUGGAGGAUAUUUACUUCCCGUGAUGUACAAUGAUUUCAGUAUGGUAAACUCCCAUCUGUUUACACGAAAAAAUGCAUCUUUGUUUGAUGUAUCUCAUAUGCUUCAAACAGAAAUUCGAGGAAAUAGAUGCAUUGACUUCUUAGAAUCCAUUUGCACAGCAGAUAUCCAAGGAACUCAAAUUAACGGAUCAACUCUUACUAUAUUUACAAAUGAAAAUGGAGGUAUUAUAGACGAUCUCAUUGUUACAAAAAUUACAGACGAUCAUCUCUAUCUAGUAUCAAACGCUGCGAGGAAACAACACGAUCAACAGUUGAUGUUAAAAGCUUUAGAAAAAUAUAAACGAACAAAUUUGGAUACCGACAUAAAAAUAAAAUUUUUCGAUCCCAAAGAAAGAAGCUUAUUGGCUCUGCAAGGUCCUAAAGCAGCCGAAGCAUUACAAAAUCUCACUGAAGUUGACCUGUCAAAUUUAUAUUUUAUGAAUACUACUACAGCAACAGUGACCGAUGUAAAAGAUUGCAGGAUUACGAGAUGUGGAUACACCGGCGAAGAUGGUUUUGAAAUAUCGAUUCCUGCAUCUGAUAGUGUGAAUGUUGCGAAGGUUUUAUUAGAAAAUAAUUGCGUAAAAUUAGCCGGACUUGGAGUGAGAGAUUCGUUAAGGAUGGAAGCAGGUUUGUGUCUUUAUGGUAACGAUAUAACUGAAACAACAACACCUAUUCAGGCUGCAUUAACAUGGCUUGUGGCAAAAAGAAGACGGGAAAUGAGAAACUUUCCAGGAGCGGAAAUAAUUCUCGAGGAGAUUCAGAAAACAUCACCAAUCAAAAGAAUAGGUUUAUUGUCUUCGUCGGGUCCGCCAGCUAGACAAGGAGCUAUAAUUUUUUCUGUAGACGGAAAAGAAUUAGGAAAAGUAACAUCUGGCUGUCCGUCUCCAAGUUUGGGAAAAAACAUUGCAAUGGGUUAUGUAUCAACUGAUUAUAGUAAAAUUGGUACUAAAGUUAGUUUAAAAAUUAGAGAUAAAUUGUACGAAGCUACAGUCAGUAAAAUGCCUUUUGUAAAAGCGAAUUAUUAUGUAAAACCAAAACAGAAUGUUAAUUAAAAAUGAGAAAAUGUU